CGAUACACUCAGUUAUGCCAGAUCUGGCCACAUUGAGCCACACUGAUUCACACUAAUCGUUCAAAACAAUUCCAGUGGUUAUUACGCACAACGGGUAUUAACAUAUUGCAUUUACUUUAAACGAAGGGUAUUGUACUUUCUGCAUAUUUUAACUAAAUUUCGAGAUUUUAUUUGAAACAAAAUUAAAAGCUUUAUAAUGGAAUCUACACGACCUAAUCGGCCUAGUCGUUGCACGUGGAAACCAAAUGCAUUAAAUUCACCGCAUACAACAAGAAUCGAGACUGUUGAUCGUAAUAAAAUAAUACCUGAUAUAUUGGCAACCAUUGGACAAACACCGCUUAUAAAAUUAAACAGUAUCCCAAAAUCCUAUGGAAUUAAGUGUGAAAUGUAUGUAAAAUGUGAAUUCUUUAAUCCUGGUGGUUCCGUAAAAGAUAGAAUCGCAUACAGGAUGGUUCAAGAUGCUGAAGAGCAGGGUUUAUUGAAACCAGGAUAUACUAUUAUUGAACCUACAAGCGGUAAUACUGGAAUUGGGUUAGCAAUGGCUGCUGCUGUUAAAGGUUAUAGAUGUAUUAUUGUUAUGCCAGAGAAAAUGUCUAAUGAGAAAGUCUACACGCUUCAUGCUCUUGGUGCUGAAAUUGUUAGGACACCAACAGAAGCAAGUUGGGACAGUCCAGAAGCACAUAUUAAUGUUGCACACAAAUUACAAAAAGAAAUACCAAACAGUAUUGUUCUUGAUCAGUAUACAAAUCCUGGAAAUCCAUUAGCUCAUUACGAUCAAACUGCAGUUGAAAUUUGGAAGCAGUGUGAUGGGAAAAUAGAUUAUUUGGUAGCUGGUGCAGGUACUGGUGGUACUGUUAGUGGUAUUGGGCGUAAAUUGAAGGAGUUAUCGCCGAACACAAAAAUUAUUGCUGUGGAUCCUAAAGGGAGUAUUUUAGCCCAUUCACCAGAAUUACAAGAUGACAUUUCUUUUUACGAAGUAGAAGGAAUUGGCUACGAUUUUGUACCUACAGUUCUAGACAGAAAUGUGAUCGAUAAAUGGAUAAAAACCGAGGACUGUGAAUCAUUGAAUGCUGCUAGAAUGCUUAUACGCCGGGAAGGUUUACUGUGCGGUGGUAGUAGUGGUGCUGCACUUACAGCUGCUCUUAAAAUUGCUAAAGAUAUUCCAGAAGGAAAACGAGUUGUUGUUAUUUUGCCUGAUGGAAUACGAAACUACAUGACUAAAUUUGUAUCUGACAAUUGGAUGGAAGUUAGGGGAUUUUUAGAAUCUACAUAUCAAAAUGAAGCAAAUAAAUGGUGGUGGAAUAUACCAAUUUCAAAUUUAUCUUUCGAUAAAGUACCUUUGUUAAAAGAGAAUACAAAAUGUCAAGAAGCUGUUCGCAUGAUUGAAGAGACAAAGUCUCAACAAUUAAUUAUUAGUAACGAUAACGUACAUGUAAAAGGUAUCGUUAUGUCGGAUACGUUAAUGUCAAAUUUAAUAUCCGACUCAGUAAAACUCACAGAUUUUGUAGAAAAAAUUAUGAUCAAACAUUACGUUAAAGUUAAAGUUUCAUCAAGUCUCGGACAAUUAUCACUUGUUCUCAAUAAAGAAUUAUAUGCAGUUAUUUUAAACGAUGAAGAUGAUAAUGCUUUUGUUGGGCUUGUAAACCAAUCUCAUAUUUUGAAAUUUAUUAUUAAAAGUAACGGUACAAUAAAUUCUAAUAACUAGGUAUAUUAAAGAUGGAUGUAAUUGUCUUAAAUCAUGGUAUAUUAUAA